UUUUAAUCUAUCAAUAACCUAGUGAAUAUUUCGCAGAAAAAUAAGUAGUUACUCUGUAGCGCUUUCGAGACCUUACACUAACAACUAGCUUCGUUUAUCAGUGUGUCUUGAUCUCAUGCUGUCUUUAUUUCUUGUUGCUGUCUAUUGAUUCCUCUAUUGAAUUUCUUCUUCUUCCAGAUAAUCUCACACGCUGCACCUCACACAACCCUGGCACAUAAGGUAAUCCUGGCUAGCCGUAAACCGAUCAAAGGCCGAGGUUAAAACUCUGUGGCCUGAGUAUUCGCCGAGAAGUUAUCAUGGAUGACUUAAACAACGUUGAUUAUUUGUCAAGAAUUUUAAAUAAUUGGUCCGUUUCUCAGAGACACCCAUGCGAGUUAAACAAUGACCGGAGUCAGACUUUACGAGAAAUCUAUUACCCAAUCACCUUGGGUUCUACGACAAACGAUACUAUGAAUAUGGUGAACACAUUAGGCAACAACAAACGGCUGUACACAUUUUCACCACCUGCUUUUGGAAAUGUUAAACGACCUGGUGAUGAUUUUCAUCCAUGGCAAUGUGUAUUAGCUGAAGAAGCGCCAACAUUAGCAACAACAGUUUAUCGUCAAGCUGUUGAUAAAGCUGAUUUUGAAUGUGUAAUAGAUGAAAGCGGUAGAAUAUAUCAACCGAAAACAACAACUUCAAUUAGACGUUAUCAUCCGAAAGAUAAUCCACCAACAAGUUUAGGAUAUUUAAAAGAAUCAAUUAAACAAUUAUUGGAAAAUCUUAAACGAUCAAAUUCCUGUUCGAAAUCGUUGUUGAAUCAUCAUAGUUCAUUCAUUUCUCCAGUGCAUCAAAAUUUAAUAGAAGCACGUUUGAAACGUUUAAAAUUAGAAGAGAAAAUGUUAAUGCAAGCAGAGAAAUUAGAUAUGUUGGAAAGAAUAAGAAAACCUUUACCUAGAUGGUAUGUAACUUGACUGUGGGGAUACCGGCUUUUCUUUAUCUUAAAAGUCUCGAAG